AUAUAUUAUUUGCCAACUCUAAAGUCGAAUAAUAUGUUUCAAUACAUUUUUAAUAAUUACAAUUAUUAUUAAUAGUAAAAAAAUGUGCAAAAAUAGUAAAAUGUGAUUUAUUAAACAAAAAUCACUACAUUUGUUUGAGCAUGGAUACAAGUUUAGCUGCACAUCAUUAUUAACGUUAGCUUAAAAAAGGUUUGGGUCAUUGUAGUGUUCUUCUGUUUUCUAUAAGUGCUCUAAAGUGUGAAUUGAGUGUAUUGAAACUCUCUCCACACAGCGUGAUCAAUUAUAAUCUAGUAAUCAUCUGACAGAUCAACCAACAAACACCGCGAGCACUGUACUGAACAGCAGCGCUGCUGUCUCUGAGUGACGCUUUCGAGACCUGAUUCCGCCCUGCUGCUCUGUGAGGGUCAGAGAUGAAGAGUCUCCGCUCAUCUUCAUCCUCAUUUUCAUCAUCACUCCUCUGCACUUCAGCAGCUCUGAAAAUCCCCGCAAAAGCAUCUUUAUUUACAGCUGAGAGACUAGAAAAGCGCCAGGUUAGGAGGACAGAGGUAGCACCGGAUGUGCAGUUCAGCAGCUACAAAAUAAAAGUCAUUUCAAAAUGUGGAACCUGAUUUUAUGUUACAGCAGUAAAUAUUUGACAAUAAUGAACAAUUUAUUUUGUGUGAGUACAUAAUGAGCUAAGCUAAUAGUUUGAAACGACUGAUUAAACUUUAAAUAACUCUGGAAAGAUUAUUUACUCGUCGGUUUGAAACUGGAGCGGAGUUUACACGCUGUACAAGUGUUUUAUAUUUAAACGGAUUUUUAGAUAAUGUCUCUCACAUGUUAUACCGCAUAUAAGAGCAUUCAUUUACUAUAACCGUGUUUAUUAGUAUUAAGAAUUUUAAAAUAAAUGUAUUUUAAAAUGCGCGUGUUUCUCUUCCUGGCCGCUGGGGGCGCUGGUGUAAUGGUGGCGCUCGAGACGCUCCUGCAGCAGCGCGAAUUACAAAAUUCAAACUGAAGCUUCGCACAACAAAACAUCUGCAAAACCACCAGCUACUGCAUAAACAUCUCCCUUUUUAUUCAAAAACAGUCAUAUAACGAGACUGAUGGGAGUCACAGAGCUGUGGUCUAUCCUGGAGCCAGUGCGUCAGUCGGUCUCGCUCUACAGUCUGUCUGGAAAGACUCUCGCUGUGGAUCUCAGUCUGUGGGUCUGUGAGGCUCAGCAUGUGCAGGGCAUGAUGGGAAGGGUCACGAAGCCGCAUCUCAGGAAUCUGUUCUUCCGCGUGUCGUCGCUCACACUGAUGGGUGUGAAGCUGGUGUUUGUCAUGGAGGGAGAAGCUCCUAAAAUUAAAGCUGAGACCAUGAGCAAACGCACCGAGAUGAGAUUCGGCGGUACGAAAGCCAAGAGCAUCCCGAAACCAGUCAAAAACACCAACAGAGGCCGAUUCAACGCUGUUCUCAGAGAGUGUGCGCAGAUGCUGGACUGUCUGGGCGUCCCGUGGGUGACGGCGGCAGGAGAAGCGGAGGCCAUGUGUGCGUUCCUGGACUCGCAGGGCCUUGUGGACGGAUGCAUCACUAAUGACGGAGAUGCCUUUCUGUAUGGUGCUCGCACCGUCUACAGGAACUUCAACAUGACCACAAAGGAUCCGCAGGUGGACUGCUAUCAGUCGAGUCGAGUUCAGGAGGAGCUCGGGCUGUGCAGAGAGACGCUCGUGGGUCUGGCGGUCCUGCUGGGUUGCGAUUACAUUCCCAAGGGCAUCGCUGGAGUCGGAAGGGAGCAAACGCUUAAGCUCAUUCACAGCCUCAGAGGACAGACUCUCCUUCAGAAGUUCAGUGAGUGGAGCUCGGGCGCGUCUGGAGACUCAGAGCUGCAGAUGAAGAAAGUCACACACUGUCUGGUGUGUCGACACCCGGGCUCUGCUAAAGCUCACGAGCGCAGCGGGUGUGUUUUCUGUGUGAGCGAGCGCUUCUGUUCACCGCAGGAUUACGACUCUCAGUGUCCCUGUGAAUGGCAUCAGACGCAAGCCUUGCGCCAGGCCUCGUCCCUCGAGAACAACAUCAGAAAGAGGACUCUGGCCUCGGAGCACUUCCCCUUCACACACAUCAUCAAUGAGUUCCUGCUGACCAAGGACAAACCCGUUCAGGCCUUCAGGAGGAGGAAACCAAACCUGCUGCUCAUGCAGGAGUUUGCUCUGGAGAAGAUGGAUUGGCCUAAACACUACAGCAGUGAGAAGCUGCUGACGCUCAUGACCUACACUGAGAUGGUGAACCGCAGACUCGGCAGAGACUCACACACACACAUGCAGCCCAUCAGAAUAUAUAAGGCGCGUGUCAGGAACGGCGUCUCCUGCUUAGAGGUGAUCUGGAAAACUCCAGAGCAUUAUGUGUUUGUGGAGGGCUGUGAGGAGCAGGCGGAGGUGCGGACGGUGGAGGAAGAGGCACUCUUCAGUUUGGCGUUUCCAAAGAUCCUGCAGGAGUUCCAGCGGGAGAGAAACCAGGCUCAGGAGAAGAAAACCAAGAAAAAGAAGCCGAAAGUGAAGAAAGAGACGCUGGCUGAUUCCCAUGAUGCCGUGUCGGAUCUCUUCUCUCAGAUGACCCUGAACACAGAUCCACAGGUGGUUUCAUCUGCCCAGAAUCCACCACAACCCGAUCUCCCUCCGUACCCGGGGAUCCAAGUGCAGACUCCACCUUCCGGGAAUUCCCAUUCAGUGUCUGCUCUGAUUGGCCAGCUGCACCUCAGCAGCAUUGACUGGGACUCUGCAUCGUUCACAGCCUCUCCGUCACAAAACACACACGAAACUGACCUGAGACCUGCAGAAAAUGACAACUGUUCACUAAAAGAGAGGAUAAUCACAAACAAACAGCAAGCGAAAGAUUCUGAUGGUAUAGCAGAUGGUAAAACUGAUCUGAGACCUGCUGAAAACAACAUCUGUUCACUAAAAGAGCGAAUCGUUGCGCAAAAACAGCGAAGUAAAGAUUCUGAUGGUAUAGCAGAUGAUAAAACUGAUCUGAGACCUGCCCAACACUCCCUGUGCUCUCUGAAGGAGCAGAUGAUCAUGAAAAAACAGCAAACGAAACAUCCGGGAAGUAGAGUAGACGACAAAGCUGAUCUGAGACCUGCUGAAAAAAAUGUCAGUUCUUCAAAAGAGCAGACCAUCAUGAACGAUUUUGACCGUAAAACAGAUGGUAAAACUGAUCUGAGACCUGCCCAGCACUCUCUGUGUUCACUGAAAGAGCAGAUCAUCAUGAAAAAACAGCAGACGAAAAAUCCUGAAUAUAAAGCAGACAAUAAAACUGAUCUGAGACCUGCAGAAAGCUUAACAUGUUCUCUGAAACAGCAGAUAAUCAUUACAAAACAGAUGAAACACCCCAAAGGUAGAGCAGAAGACAAAACUGAUCUGAGGCCUGUCCAACACUCUGUCUGCUCACUGAAAGAGCAGAUGAACAUGAGAAAACAGACCAAAACCCUUGACUGUAGAGCAGACAACAAAACUGAUCUGAGACCAGCAGAAAGCUCAACAUGUUCUCUGAAUAAGCAGAUAGUGGUCACAGGCAACGAAACUGAUCUGAGACCUGCCCAUCGCUCUAAAUGUUCCCUAAAGGAGCAGAUGAUUAUUAGAAAACAGACCAAAGAUCCUGACGGCUGUAGUUCAAUCCCAUCAGCACCGGCAAACGCUCAGCAGCACAAACACCAUCAGAAAGCACGCGCUAAAACCACAACAACUGCAAAACCCAGUGCUAAAACCAGCAUCGAGUUCAGCGACAGCGACACCGAGAACCGGCCCAAGACACACAAAGUCAAAGCCAUGUCCAGACCUCCAAAACCACUCAAAACCAGCCUCACACAUGCCCUCAGGCCUCAGAGAGCAGAACUCAGAGCUGCUGAAACACCUGAGAAAAAGACGCUCAUACAGGUGCAUCAUGGGAAGGUGGAGAGCGAAGACUCGGAUGCGUCAGUGGACAGUCCCAGACCUCUGGCCGAGAGACUCAAGAUGAGAUUCGCAAAGUGAGUAAUGAUGCAGAAGUCUGAUGUUUGCGGCUUUGUUUGUGAAAAUAAUGUUCGGAAAUUGAUAAUUUGAUAAUAAAUGUAAUUUUAUGUUA